ACUUGCAAAUUUAUCAGAAAUUAUAAAAAUAAUUAUAUGAAAAUGUAUUGUGUUUGUGGCUGCUGUUUUUUGAUGUUGCUGUUCUGGUUACAAGAGAUAGAGAACACGAUGAAUAAAAUGUGCGGUAUGCGAGUAUGUAGAUUUUUGGAAUAUGGUACGAAAUCCAUCUAAACCAUACAUUUUCAGAAAGCUUGUGUCGCCUAGAUGUGAUAAAACGUGCGUCUCACUUUUCUCAAGUCAAGGAAGGCCAAGGUGAUGUUGAAUACACUGUAGUUAUUUAAUGGUGUUUAAAAUUAAAAUUAAGUUUAUCAUUGGUAACCCAGUAAGUGUUUUUUUUUUUCAUAUUGUGCCUGACAUAACCUACUCAAUUAAUUUUUAGAUCACCAGAGACCAUUUAGCCAUCCCAGUGCCUUUAAUGUGAAAGGGAUAUAUGGGUAGAAAAUAUAAAUGCUUAUUACAUUUAUAAUAUAAAAUAUUUUAAUGAAAUUUUUACCUGAAUACUCAAACCAAUAAAAUUUUUGUCUGCCUAAUCUUGUCAUUGUAAGAAUAUGUUUUUUAUAAAACAUACAAAAUAAUUUUAAAUAAAAUUAUUAGUGUAACAUUUUACACAGCUUUGUUUAAACUUAAACCAUGUCAGCUCCUAUUGUGGACUCUGGUGCCCCAUGCGGACCCUAGGUUGGGAACCACGCGUAUUUUCAAUAACUGAAACUGUGGACAUAGACAUGUAUAUUUUUGACGGUAAUAAAGUACUUAUUGCAGAAGAGUCCAAGCCUAAUAGUUGGGCAACGGAGAGCCCACCCAGAUAGAACACGUACGUCUAUAUGUCUGCUAAAGAUCUGGAGGUCUCUUAAAGAUCUGCUCUUUAAUUCAUCUGUUUAACAUCUUAGAAAGAGCUGCUGUACAUCCAUUCUAAAUCAUGAACAUCUUACAGAAUUUCCUAGAGGUCUAUAAGACAUCUGACAGCAGACGUCUCAGAUAUGUCGAGAACCAGGCUAUCAGGAAGUGCUGCAGCGCCUGCUAUACAAACCUCCGCAAGACUAAAAAGAUGGAGGGCCUCAAAGACCGCCUGAAUAAUGCGUGGGGGCAGGGGGUCUGGAAAAACCGGAAUGCAUCACGAGUGGUGUCUUCUGCUCAAGUUGCAGUGCAGAAACUUGCUGCCUUGGGCUAUAUGCCCAUUUUAUUUAUGGGCAGAAAAAAAAAGAAUUCGUUGAUCGCCGAUAUAAAUUCUGGAAUACCACUCAAUGAGGAUACACAACCUUUUCUUGAUGCCAUGAAGAAGGCUUAUGAGUAUUUACUUAAAAAGCAAGGGCCCCAGAUGCCUCCUUUACAUCCCCAGCCUGACCAGCAUAUCCAAACCCCAACCCAGCCUGACCAACAGAUCCAGCCCCAUCCUGACCAGCAGAUCCAAACCCAGCCUGACCAGCAGAUCCAGCCCCAUCCUGAGUCUGACCAGCAGAUCCAAACCCCAAUCCAGCCUGACCAGCAGAUUCCACACCAUUUUGACCAGCAGAUCCAGCACCAUUCUGCCCUGCAGAUUCAGACCCAUCCUGACCAGCAGAUCCAAACAACAACCCAGCCUGACCAGCAGAUUCAGCACUAUUCCGACCAGCAGAUCCAGACCCAGACUGAAGCUCAACAGAUAGAUGAAGAUGUCAUCCUCAACCUCUAUUUUUUGCCCUCUCCAUCCCAUGUCCAGACUCACUCUGAAGCUCAACAUCUCCAGGUCCAGCCACAGCCCCAGCAAAUUCAGCCGCUGACUACAAAACCAAACCCUCCAAAAAAUAAAAAAGGGUGCCGAAAAUGCAGCAGGCAAAAAGUGUGGCAAUACGACACUAUCGUUGACAAAAGAAUGACAGGGGAUAAGGCUGAAGUAAAAGUGCGCUGGUUGCCUUGUUCUCAGUGUGGCAAGGCCUGGGAGGACACAUGGGAGCCAGCCAGCCAGUUCCCUUCCUGAGCUUAGCACAGGACUCCUACAGCAGUGACCUGCAGUUCAAAUGAAUAUUUCACAUACACACACACACACACACACACAAAAACAAACAAACACACACACUGCUGAUGUUAUAUGUGUGUUCAUAGUAUGUCUGAUUGCUGUACAUUUCUUUCUUAUUUGUUGUUUGCCUUUACUGUCUUUCAAAUGGCACUAAAUAUGUCCCCAUCUCUUUGUUGGACUUGUGCAGUAAAGUGAAGUUAUUGUAUUUCUGAUUAUGGUUCUAAUAAAACACAGUUUAUUACUUCAAAAAA